UGGAUAUGACUUGUCUUUGAAUGGCCAGUUGGGUCGAUGGCUAGAGUCCACAGUGGUGCCCAUACAAAUACGGACAUGGGGAACCUGCCACCUCGCGGUUGGGUAUCAGGGAGAGGAUCAUCAAGCAAGUGUCUGAACUCACGAUCUGACAUCAAAAUUGGGGGGCAGGAUGGCUCUGGUGACCUAACGGAACCGAAUGUUAAUGGGAAGAGCGCCAUACACAAGCCUCAAAUUUUGACGCCAUCAGGAUUCUCUGUAUCAAACAGACCUUUGUUAGGUCCUGAUGCAUGUGCCAUUGUGGCAAGAAUUAUCCAGAAAAAACGGCAAAAGGUGUCUGGUGGAGAUCCCCUCUCUGUGCCUGCAUGCAGUUGGGAGGAUUCGUCAUUAGCGGGUGAGCAAACCAACGUAUCUUGCAAUCAUGAGCACGCUAAGGGCCAGAAAACCUGCAGAACUUGUGAGUUGCUGGUAGGAGACCGUUGUCAUGUAACUCUGCCGUCUGAUUCUGAGAACGAGGCAGAGUCCCCUGUGUUGAAAGGCUCGCAGCCGCCAGAAGAGGAGUGUUCAUGCCUCGUGGAAACUCCCUCAACUGUUGGGAUAAGGAGCAGCUCAAAUAUGGCUGCUGAGGUCCCGGUGAAAACAUUGAAUAUGUCUGCAGCUGCUGCAGAUCCAGAUUUGUCAUCAAGGGAUGACUUGUCCAAGAAUAUUCGGUCUUGUGUUUCUGAAGUGCAAAGAGAGACGCCGGCGUCAGGGGAAAGCGUUUCCGUUUCCCGGUGGAAUUCGGGUAGAGUGACGGCGAAACGAAGGCCAUCAUCAAAUCGACCGCUGGAACAGUUGGUGCAGCUACAGCGCCAGCUCACUGAGCGGACAAAAUUACACCGCGAGCUUCAGUAUGAGAGAAAGGUGAUGCAGGACUUAGCACGGAGAGUGUCGCAACAAUCGCAGACCAGACACUGUGAUGCUCACCCUGCUCCCAUAUGGGGCGAAAGGAGGAGCGAUAAGGUGGAGGAUAACCUACUCUGUCGGCAUCGUUGCGAAAAAGACCGCUGUACGGCCUGUAAGAUAGUAACAGAAUCUUGCACUGGUACGGAAGGGACUGACAAGGAGGGAUUGCCAGCCAAGAAACUUCACGAUGAUCAGGAUUUCGGCACCGAUGAUCAAGGUUGCAAAAAUUCACCGAGAGGAAAUAUAAUGCAAGCUGGGGUUGCAGGAAGGAACGUGGAGGAAGUGGCAGGCUCUAAGAGUUGUGAGGAUGUGGAGAAGGUGGGUACUGACUAUGGCACUGAGGUUGGAGACUCUAGGGAAGGCAUGUGCAACAUGUCGAUGAUGGAAUCAGUAGACCUUACAAGCAGCUCUCCAGUUUGUGUUCCCAGUUGGUACCCUGCUAUGGAGAUGCAGGGUGGGACACAUGCCGUUGAAAUCCGAUCAGGGGAAUGGGAAACUGAGGACCAGAGGGGGGCAGAUGGACUCCGUGGAGGGGUGGUGGACCAUGAGCAGCGGACCGGGAGGAACGUGGGCCAUUCGGCUUUCCAUGACAAUGUUGAUCAGUUGGACCUUCUUCACCGUCGGCCCACAUGUUCAGUUGCUGCAACACAAGAAAUGAAUGCAGCGGCACUUGGCUCCCCCCGCUGCAUCCCAAGCGAGGCUGGUGAAAUUGGGUUCGGUACAGGACAUUUGAGGGGUUGUCAGGAGAACCAGCUCUCGGCGGGAUUCGAACAGCCUGCCAAGGAGGGUAGUCUUGGGCAGCAGGAAGCGGCCAAGAGGAGGGAGGGAUGGGUUUUGCAGAAGGAGAGGCAGGAGGAUGGCCGAAAGUUGGAGAGCCAUGAAGAGCACAUGUCGUCAUUGAGGCGAGCAGUCCGCAGAGUCUGGGAGGAGAAGUCAGGGGGAUCAGAGUUACCUCCCGAGCCGAACACCAUAAGGCAACUUUGUGUGGAAGGAGGAGGUAAUGUUGUAUCAGGAGCAGCUGGAGCCAUCAAGCCUGGUAUAACUGUGGGGUGUCUUGAAGGUGAUGACGGCGAUACUGGAGGCCAUGCGGACGUGAAAGACUCUGAUGCAAUAAAUCAGCAGGAGGAGGGUUCAGCAGCAGAGUACACGCAAUUGGGAGGAGUGGAUACACAACAAUUGGAAGGAGUCAUUGCCUCUAACAGAAUAACGACUCCCCAGACCGAGUCUCCCACUGGUCGAAGUCAAAGGGGACUUGAACCCUCUCUACCACUCCCCGAGGUUGGUGGGAGGAGUCGCAGGAGUGAUCUGGAAGUGAAGGGACCCAGAGUUGCUGAUCUAAAUGAUGCGAGCCAUUCCAGCACAUCGAAACGCAAUUACCGGCACCCAUGGGAUGCCCCCCCUUCUGAUCAGGGCAAGAGGGACAAGCAGAUUCAAGGACCGCAGACUCACGAGGAGCUUGCGCUGAUGUCAGCAGAAGUCAAAGAGUGGGAAGAUGGUGUCGGCCCUGUUGCUGCCAACAGCCAGCACGGAGAUGGUGGUAGUUCUACUUGUGCAUUUUCUGCCAUGAUGCCAGCCUUGCAGCAGCAGAACUCAGCUCCUGUGCGAAUGCCGCCAGUAGAGUGUGAUGCAGAUCAUGGAGACAAUGUGGGGCGGCAGACAAGCAGCCUGGCCUGCACCGGACGGCAGAAAUACAGAGCAUUUGAUGUAAUUGACGUCACGGGUGGUCAGGAAAACCAGUUUGUUGUGAUCACAGAAAGUGACCUGUGGAAAGAGACAGGAGAGAAUCGAGAGAGGAUAGGGGUCUUCAAGGACGAUGGCAGGCAUCAGAUGACUAAUCACCAAUCUUUGGCGAAGAGCAAGGCAGCCAUGCUGGCGAACCAGGCACAGGGGAGAGCUGAUGCCAGCUGUCAGGCUCCAGCGACAUCUGACCAUAUCUUGCAAGAGAUGGAUCAGCAGCCCAACUUGCGGCGAAAAGCAAAUGAAAGGCCUGGUGGCGGCUUCAUUGGUCCCAAGAAGACAGCGAACACAGGUCACAACAAGAAGAACAGCAGGAAAGAACAGGGUGAAAAUAAGAGAUGCUCUUCCCUUGGCUGUGCUUUGCAGGCAGACGGUGAGAAAACCGCUCAUACUAGGCCCCAGGUAGAUAGUAAUCGCCCCAAGAAGACUUCAUCUUCAAGUACACAGCUGCAAAAGCUGGCAGAUAUAGAUCGACCUCUCGUCGAUAACUCUAUUGAGGGACCAGCAUAUGGUACUUUUGAGACACAGGGACAGCAAUUACGAAAUUGUGGUUGGGAUCGUGGGCCAUUGUUGCGCAGGCCAAGCAGCCAUUGGGAAGAGAAGCCAAAUGGGUAUGGGUUCACAGCUCGAAGCAUCGUAUCUCAUGAUUUGAAACCAGGACCCCUUUGGAAACAGGGUAGGGGAAAGGGUAAUAAUAAGAAAGAUGAACAGGGUUUAAUCACAACUCAUCAGGCUAUGACUGCUCCUGGAGACACACAACGGCGUGUUACAGAGGCGCUUGAUGCCUAUGCAGCCAUUGCAGCAGCUCUAACAAGGCUACAUCAUCAGAUCAAUGAGAACAAAAGGAGCAGACAAUCCAUUGAUCCUAAGAAGCUCCAGGAGAGCCAUGAGAUGAUGGCACAGAUCCUUGCAGAAGAAGCUGCACUUGAGCACGAGCUAGCCAACAUGGGCCUGCUGCUGUCAACAAUUCAGCAGGGUAGCAAGCCUCCAGAAUCUGACGAAGCAGAGCAGCAGUCACUUCCCAUGAGUAAUGCAGACGAGGUCGCAAGGAGGGAAAAGUGCGCUCUGCACAGAGACACAGGGAGCUGGCAGUCUGAAGGUGCUGAACAUGCGAAAGCAGGGAAAGACUCCCGUUCGGUAUUGAUGUCAGCCAAUGUUAUGGGUGAAGCUCAGAGCCGAUGCUCUCAAUUCAGCAACAUGACAGAUGGGCAUACAGGAAAAGCUCGCAAUCAAUCUGUGGGCUUAGCAGAGUUGGCUCACUCUGCAUCAUCAAGGAAGAUGCAUCAGGUCCGAAGAAGAAGAGGGCACGAGAACAAAGGCAUUGUAAACAGGCAUGCUAGUGAGCUUAACAAGCAAUCCAAAGCAGAAGAGACUACAAAUGCACUAUCAUUGCACAAUGGUACUGAUGAACUCCUGCGCAGAAGGAAUUCUCAAUGCAGAGAUACUACAAAUAGGUGUGAGGAUGAAGCGAUUUUAGACCGCCGAUGUCAAGGUGAGGGUGAUGCUGCCCGGGAAAUGCAAUUGCAGGAGAAGGACAGGCAGUUUUUGUUUUCUCACAGAGGCUCCAGUGCGGGGAAUUUUAUGGAUGUCAGAAGGGACACACAGAGGGCAGUACUCUUCGGGAACCUAGCAGAGAAACUUGGGGCGCUAAGGAGUCCUGGAGAUGAAGGCAGCAUCGAUCACUCCAUCACAACCAGAAGAGAGCCGUUCCAUGAUGUGAGUGGAAACAUCCAGAACCCAUCGAUCCUCCUGCAGUGUCCACCGACGCCAUCGCCAGAUUCGUAUAAUGCGCUGUCUGGCUUGGCUGGGGAGACUUUGGCAAAUGUCAGAGCUCACGAAGGUUCGCAGAGAAGAGACACACUGGAACAAGCAAGGAUUGGGGGCCCUGUUGACUUGGCUUCUCUUUCAGCACAUGUGAACACCUCUGGCUCAUCCACACAAAACAACAAUGCUUCUGCUGCAGGCUCUGCCACCAGGGAUGAGGACAACCACACUGAUGUGUCAGGGGCUCAUGCCAGGGAUAAGAGCACUGGUGACAUGGCAGGCACAACGCCAGAUACGGUCAGACAUACACGAGCAAAACCUCGAAAUGCGACGCCGACCCGAAAACAGUGCCAGCAGAAAACUGAGCAAGUACCCGUACGAGCAGAAGCAGCGGAACCAUCUCCCUUGAAGACGGAAGACAAGAACAAUGCUGGCAUGGCAGUAGGAACGGAGACUGAUAACGAUGUUCGCACUCGGAAGCAACCGCGGCGAAAAAGUGAGCGAGUAUCCACACAGAUGGCAGCAGAGGAACAAGCAGUAUUGGGACGAAUAGCCGAAGUAGAGGGCCAUGCUAGCAUUCCUACAGCACCUGGAAACAAUUCUACAACGACAGAUCACAAGAACCUCAGGACAAAAACACCGGUGAAGGAAAAGGUGCAGCGUGAAUGUGGCGUGAUUGGACAGUCGGGAAGUCACAGAGAAGGAGAUGGACGCCAACUGCAGCGGCAUAUCAAGUUGCUCAGAGCACUUCAGGAGAAGGAGGAACCAACUCCCGCUGCCAACAGUGCUUGCGUGGCUAGAAAGGUGUCGGACGCGGCAAAUGAGCAAUCAACUGCCCCAGCAAAGCAUGCAUACAGAGCCGCGAAAGUACCAAUUGCCUCCAACGAGCAGUUGUUUGGGCGAGCAAAAAGUGCAGGCAGGGCGGUGAGAGCAUCGUUUGCACGCAGCGAAGAUUUCAUUUCGCCAGCCAGAAAUGCAAGCAUGGCUGCCAAGGUGAGUCGCUCAGCAUGUGAGAGGCCAUCCCACACACUCAGAAGUGGCCGUGCUUCUAAGAAAGUGCUGGGUACAGUUGCUGGUGCAAAGCAGGAGACUGAGUCCUCAGUAGUCAGAGCAGUGUCUUGUGAUGACCAGAGUAUCAAUCUAAGGACUUCUGAAGAACGCAGCGGAAGAUCGGUUUCUUCGGACUCCUCAUUCUAUCAACGGGGGAUAACAUGGAAGCAGAAGGCAAAGGCAAUAACUGAACAGAGGCGUCAAGAAAAGGCAGAACAGGAAAUGCGUGAGUGCACAUUCAAGCCCUCCAUCAACACCACCCCUGUUCGCAAGGUGACCUCCGGUGGGGAGGCAGUGCAGAGUCAAAGAGAGUCACCAGUACACGCGGGAGCCGGUGGGGGUCCAGCUACUGUAGUUGUCAAGGAUGACAGAACUGUCUCUGAGGAGGCCGGUGGAGGCUGCGGAAAUGAGGCAGAUCAAAUUAAAGAGCCAGGAUCAGUAGCUUCCCAACGCCCGUCUUCUAGGGUUAAAAAGCGGGCGAAGUCUGUGGGUGUGGCUGAACGCCUGUUUCAUUUGGCAUCCGAGAGACGACAGAGACUUGAAGAACUUCAACAGAAAGCCAGAGAGGAGAGGGAAGAGAUGGAAAAGCAGUUGACAUUUCAACCUGAGCUGACUGUGCACAAGUCCAAGGUUCCCGUGCAGUCUCGUUACAGGGAAAUCCCCGUGAGACCAAGUCCGUACCAUGCUGUAGUUAAAACCAUGGCAGGACAAUCUGGAGUUUCCUCAGGCCAUAGGAGCAGUCAUUCCAGAGCCCAACCUUUGGUGACCCAUCCUUUUAACAUGGCUUCUACUGCCACGAAUACCUCUCAGGACAACUCACAGAAAUUGAGUGCAGGACGAGAGCAGGGUUUUGGAUGUGAUUCGUCGUUCCAGAAGGCCACAAACUCAGCCAGGGAGUUCAGCCAACACCAUGGGUUUCAUGAGAGCAAAGAGGCCCCUGUGCGGUCCAAGGACGUUGGCCAAAGGGUCAAGCAAGUGGCAAGAGAAAGUGAUGCUGCAGACUCAGCAGCAGGGCUUGGCGCGAAGGAGCCAUCUGCCACUCCAGGGAUUCUCUGUUCCUCACUUUACAACACUUCACCACCUGUACAAGGACCGCAUGCGGUCAUCAUUGCCUGGAGGGAUAACCUUAAGAAAACAAGAGUGCAAGAAACAGUAUGCGACCGGCCAAAGUGGCAGGCAUGAUGAGUGUCUCUUUCACCUAUGCAACAUUUCCUUGAACCAGCCAGUGGAGAUGUUUUCAUCAGCGGCAUUUUUUUUCCAUUUCCUGAACUUGAAAGGCUGGGGAUGGAUAGGCUCAGUGGGGCCCGCAGCCAUUUCUUUCUGGUAUAUGUGUACAAGUUAGUUGCCGGAAAGGGGUAUAAAUCCUGCCGAUCGUUAUCAUCAUAUCCUUAUGGGUGCAGCAGGAUUUGAACCUGUGACCAUCAAGUCAAAAGCCCAAUUCUCUACCAACUAAUCUAUAGAGCCAGAAUUCAGAUAGGUUUAGUAGGAUUUGAACCUACAAUAUCACCGCUGUGCGCGGCAGUGUGGGGGGGUUGGUACAGGGUGCGAUGAGCGAGGGUCCUUUUUGUGGCCAACCAAUCGUGCGGCACAGUUUCUUUGUGGUGUUUUGCUGCAUCUCACCCCAUGGGCAAGCAAUUGUCAUUUAUCAUUUCUGAUUUUUCUCUUUCGAAUAUUACUUCUCAGUUGCCGCAACGCCUUUGAGUGCAUUUAUUCGGAGGUUCAGCAAGUAGGUUUGGAUUCUUUGGAAGGUCUCUGCAACCAGCUUGAAUAGGUUUGGAAAACCAGGAAGAGGAGGUUCAGGGGCAUUGCCAUUGUUAC